AUGGUGGAGCUCGCGUGGGGGGUGGGGUUCGCGAGUUUGUACAUGGGGGCGGCCCUGGCCGGUGUGCGGGCUUUUGUGGUGCGGCUUCCCUUUCCCGAGCUCCCCGCGAAUCCCUUCGGGGGCGAAAAGGGCCCGUCUGCGGAGGCCGGGAUGGCCUUGGCCUUCGAGGAGAUGGUGGAUUUCAUCGGGCAGCAUUUGAAGGUAGUUUGGACGGCCGCGGCGCGGGGGUGGGUCGGGGAGGAGGCGGGGCCACCCGCGCCCGGGGUGUUGUUUGUGGGGAACUCCGAGGAGGAGUUGGGGAGGCGGCUGAGGGCCCUUUUUGCCCACUUUGGCGGCCCCGCCCGCCCCAAAGGGAAAGUCGUGAUUCUGCAAACGGAUCACCACCCCGGGGAGGGGGCGGCGGCUCGGGCUUUGGCGGGGAAGUUGGACGGGGCCACCGUCGAGGUUCUCCUCGUCCCCGUCCGCGCACUGAUCGAGGGCGGCGAGGAGCCGAUCGACGCCUACACGCAGAAGGAAUUGACGCGGCUGAAUUUUUGCCCCUGCUGUGGAUCCUGCGGGGGGGACGAGGGGGAUGCUCAGGCCCACAGCCACGGCCACCAUCAUUGA